UUUGUAUUAUUUUUUUAAAAAAAAUUCUACUUUAUUAAUUCUAAGAUAAAAUUUAUUUUAAAAAUACAGUUGAAUGAGAUCAGAGUUUCAAAAAAAAAAAGCAAAUAUUCUUAACAAAUUAAACGCAGAAGGGUUAGAUUCAUCUCCAAAAGGUUUUCCUGAUGAGCCUAUAGUUUCACUUUUAGAUCUUAUUAAUCAUCACCCUCAUCUUGUUACAACAAGUUCAUGUUCAGGUAGAAUAGCAAUUUAUGUUGAAAGUGAAAUUGCAAAUAAUAUAGGAGGAAAAGGUUUAGGAGGAAAAUGGCUAAUGGUUCAACAUGAACCAUGGGAUGAUUAUUUAGAAAAUUUAGAUAUUUUGGCUAAAAUAUGCGGGAAAUAUCCUGUUAAAACGAUAGAUUUUAACGAUUCAAAGAAAGGACCAUUAAUUCAUUUUAAAUUUGAACCUAUGAUUUUGCAUAUUAUGUCAGAGACAAUAUCAACUGCUCGUGCUUUUUUAAUUAGUGCACUUUCAUCUAGUUUUAGAGAAUCUGGUCUUAUUUUAUCAAAAAACAAUAUCAUUAUAGCAAUUCGAUCUUCUAUAGGAUUUAGUUGUCCUAUAGGCUAUCUUAAAAAAGAACAGGAUGUUGAAUUUGUUCAGUUAUUAGUAGAUGAGAAAUAUCUUUAUUUAUUGAUAGAUAUGGCAAAUAAAAGAUUUAAGGAAAAUGAAAGAAGAAGAGAUAUGCUAUAUAGAAGCAUUUCAGGUUGGAUUAUGAAAGAAUCCGAAAUGAGCAUGGAAAAUAAAAAUGAAUUAUCAGAAAAAUAA